GAAGGCCGGCCUGGUCCGAAGGCGGCUCUCCGCGGAAUGCACGCAGUCUUCGGAGCGAGAGGCUGCUGCGGAGCCCGGCUGGCCAAGGGGCUGAGAGCCCUCUCCGGAGCCCAGUGCGGACCAAGGCCAGCCCGGUGCGCAAGGGAGCUGAAGGCAGGGAGGUAGCGGGGGUGGUGGCCCAGCCCGCGCCCAAGGAGGCCCCCCCUGUGUCGUCCGUGAGGGUGGUGAGCGCCUCCGGGGUAGUGGCCGAGGAAAUUGAGGUACUGGACGUAGUGAGGGAGGACCAGGCGCCUCCAGCACUGGCGGACUCGGAGCAGUCGCCGGCCACCCCCGAUCUGGAGUCUGCGGCCGAGGAGUGCAGCUGGGCCGGACUCUUCUCCUUCCAAGACCUGCGCGCCGUGCACCAGCAGCUGUGCUCUGUGAACUCGCAGCUGGAGCCGUGCCUGCCAGUGUUCCCCGAGGAGCCGUCGGGCAUGUGGACCGUGCUGUUUGGGGGCGCCCCCGAGAUGAGCGAGCAGGAGAUCGACACUCUGUGCUACCAGCUGCAGGUCUACCUGGGCCAUGGCCUGGACACUUGCGGCUGGAAGAUCCUGUCCCAGGUGCUCUUCGCUGAAACCGACGACCCGGAGGAGUAUUACGAGAGCCUCAGCGAGUUGCGGCAGAAGGGCUACGAAGAAGUGCUUCAGCGGGCCAGGAAGCGCAUCCAGGAGCUCUUGGAUAAGCACAAGAAUAUAGAGAGCAUGGUGGAGCUUCUGGACCUGUAUCAGAUGGAGGACGAAGCCUACAGCAGCCUUGCGGAAGCCACAACUGAACUCUAUCAGUAUUUACUGCAGCCAUUCCGGGACAUGAGAGAACUUGCCAUGCUACGGAGACAGCAGAUCAAGAUUUCCAUGGAGAAUGAUUAUCUGGGACCCCGAAGAAUUGAGAGUCUACAAAAAGAAGAUGCUGAUUGGCAGCGAAAAGCUCACAUGGCUGUACUGUCUAUUCAGGAUCUUACUGUCAAAUAUUUUGAAAUAACAGCUAAAGCUCAAAAAGCUGUGUACGAUCGGAUGCGAGCAGAUCAGAAGAAAUUUGGUAAAGCAUCAUGGGCAGCAGCUGCCGAACGAAUGGAAAAACUCCAGUAUGCAGUCUCUAAAGAAACUUUGCAGAUGAUGAGAGCUAAAGAGAUCUGUUUGGAACAGAGGAAACAUGCACUGAAAGAAGAGAUGCAGAAUUUGCAGGGUGGGACAGAAGCUAUUGCUCGAUUGGAUCAGUUAGAAGCUGAUUAUUAUGAUCUGCAACUUCAGUUAUAUGAAGUACAGUUUGAAAUCUUGAAGUGUGAAGAGUUACUAUUGACAGCACAGCUAGAAAGCAUCAAAAGACUUAUAUCGGAAAAGAGAGAUGAAGUGGUAUACUAUGACACUUAUGAGAGCAUGGAGGCCAUGCUGGAGAAGGAAGAGAUGGCAGCAUCUGUGCACCUUCAGAGAGAGGAGCUGCAGAAACUUCAACAGAAAGCACGCCAGCUGGAGGCCAGGCGUGGGCGUGUCUCAGCCAAGAAAGCCUACCUCAGAAAUAAAAAGGAAAUUUGUAUUGCGAAACACAAUGAAAAAUUUCAGCAGCGCUUUCGGAGUGAAGACGAAUAUAGAACUCAUCACACAGUACAGCUAAAGAGAGAAAAAUUACACGAUGAAGAGGAAAGAAAAAGUGCCUGGGUUAGCCAAGAGAGACAGAGAACACUGGAUAGACUGCGAACAUUUAAACAGAGGUACCCAGGGCAAGUCAUACUCAAGUCGACCAGAUCACGACUGGCUCAUGCAAGAAGGAAAAGUGCAGCAAGUCCUGUGCCCCAGGAGGGCCAGAGUGACUCUUCACCAGGAGCGAGGCAGGUAGAAGAGAAGACCGAAGAGGUGGGAGAAGGAAGAGGCCCACUCGGGUCACCACAGACGGCGGAGCUCCAGAGCCUUGCUCCACUUGAAGAUACUUCAUUAGCACCACUUGAAGCCACUUCAUUACCUCUCAGCGGUGUUACCUCUGAACUGCCUCCCACUGUAUCUCCUCCACUCUUGAAUAAUAAUGACCUUGAGUCAUGUUCUGUUACCAUGGGUCCACUCCCACCACCUCUUCCUCCAACACCCCCUCCUCCCCCACCUCCCCCACCACCACCCCUGCCUAUUGCUAAGGACAGUGCUCCAGAGACAAUGGAGAAAGGUCUGCCCAGAAAAGAGGGGAAUGAGAAGAGGAUCCCAAAGUCUGCCAGUGCCCCCUCAGCACAUCUGUUUGAUAGCAGCCAGCUGGUUAGUGCCCGGAAGAAGCUCAGAAAGACUGCGGAAGGCUUGCAGAGGAGGAGAGUGAGCUCACCCAUGGAUGAGGUGCUAGCUUCCUUGAAGCGUGGUAGUUUUCAUCUGAGAAAGGUUGAACAGCGAACUCUGCCUCCUUUUCCUGACGAAGAUGAUAGUAAUAAUAUCUUGGCACAAAUAAGGAAAGGGGUAAAAUUGAAGAAGGUACAGAAGGAAGUGUUGAGAGAAUCCUUCACACUUCUGCCCGAUACAGACCCUUUAACUCGAAGCAUCCAUGAAGCUCUUAGAAGAAUUAAAGAAGCAUCCCCUGAGUCAGAGGAUGAAGAGGAGACUUUGCCUUGCACAGACUGGGAGAACUAACAAGAGACUUAACAGAAAGAAGAAUAUCUACAGUUGAAGAUCCGUUCUGAAUCUUUUGGAAAACAACAGUUUAAGCACUCGGUUUCACGGUUGGAUUCCAUUAGAUCCAAAGUGUAUUGGCUCAGUGGUGAAAAGAGGAAGCACAAACGGCAGGCUAUCACUUUCUAGUCAUUCCGGUAGACCGCUACCAUGAGCUUUAGAGGUGCAGUGUUCUGGCUGCAAAAAAAGAAAAGGCCUCUGGAGAUUCCUGUUUUUUUACAUACCUUCCCCUCCCAUCUGCCCACUCACUUCUUUGUAGUGGCCAUUUAAGCUAGGGGUUGCAAUUAAUUGAAGACACUGGGUCGACAGAUCUGCUGUGAACCACAUUGGGACUGCUUUGAGAUCCAUCUUCCAGUGCAUUGAAAAUAGAAAGUUUUUUAUCAGCUUAUAUAAAUAGUGCAACACUCUGAAAAAGAAGUUGAUCAUGGUAACUACUACAGGUCAGGAAUUAAAAUCAGAUGGAAAUGCACUUAGAAUUUCCACAUCAGUCAUCUCCAAAGGAGUUUUCAUAAAGAUGUUCAAAAUGGAGAUAGACCUAUUCAUGUGUUUACCACAACAUGAUACAUUUAACAUGGCAUAUUUUUAGACGGCCACACAGUCUUUACACUUUGUAAGGUUUUGAAGUAAAAAUUUCCAUGCUUUUAAAUAGUUCUUCAUAAUUCCAAAUUUAUAAUAGUUUGACUUUUAUGUGCAUCCUUGUUUAUGAGAAGCAAUACUUUGUAAUUUCAUAAUAUUUCAAAUUAUUUUUAGUCUUUUCGUUGGAACUAUUGCUUGGUUGCUAUAACUCACAUGACUUUCCUAUUGAGGAUCAGAAAUCAAGAUUCAGUAAUGGGGAUGCAGGUCUUAACUCUUUAUCAUGCACCAUUUUAGGUUGUCAUUUUUAUGCUCCACAGUGAAAGGCACGACAAAGGAGACAAGCAGAAAAGUCUCCUUGGCUCCCAUUUCACUAUCACACGCUUUGAAUGGAGUUUUGGGCGAGUCUUUGUUACUGUCACCGAUACUUUAAACCUAUGUAUGUAGCGCUGGGUGCUGAUUUUGCCCUAACAGAGUGAAGGACACAGUUAUACGAGUGGAAUCAUAAUGGCUUUUCAGCAGAACUGUUGUGGGCUCAAAUGAAGGUAGAUAGGCUGGACCCGGUGUACAGAACUGUACCGGCUGUGAUUCUGCAUAGGACAGCUCUUGCCUUUAAGUGGAAGGAUUUAAGGCCUGAAGUCCCAAAAGAACGUUCUUACGAGGCACUCUGGCCUAGGGACAGAAAGCAGUACUAGAGGAAGAGGCCUCUGAUGUGUAUGAAGUGGUGUUCCUGGAGUGAAAAAGAAAUGUUCACGUCUGUGUGGUUUUCAGAUGUUACUUUCUUUAAAGUAAUUAUGGGGAAAAUUUUCUGGCACCAGGUUAGAUAAAACAAAGCCUUUCUGCUUAAAUGUUGAGAAUAUGUUUAUUACUGAAACUGACGGGC